AUGUCGUCACAGCCACGUGGAAUUAAGUUUAACGACAGUGAAACUACGCGUUUUUUAGAGUUAUAUUCUAUGGAAAAUUUGUUAUAUGAUCCAAGUUUGGAGGAAUACCGCGAUAGAGAUUUACGUGCCGCCGCAGCUAUGAGAAUAAGUCAUGAAUUAAAUAUUCCUGGAUUUGGACCAAAAGAAGUUAUAUCAAAAUUUAAAAAUUUAAGAAGCUCUUUCUGUCAGGAGUUAAAAAAAAUAUCAGACAGUGCAAGGUCUGGAAAAGGUACAGAUGACAUAUACAAGCCAAAAAUAUUUUGGUUUGAUCAGAUGAACAGUUUUAUUCGUCCGUUUGUUCAACAGCGACCCACACAAUCGAAUCUGAAACUUCCUAUAGAAAAUUCCUCAGAGGCCUCAAUAGAAAAUAGUCUACAAUCAGAACCUAACUUUGAAUACAGUACUAGCCAAAACUCUGAAGACGUGACACAGAUUGCAUCGAAAAUUGAUACACCUGCGAAGAUAAUCAAAAGAAAGAUUGAACCACAACCAUCAACAUCAAAAAAUAAAAAAUCUAUUCGUGAUCAUGAAAUAGGAUUUAUGACAAGUGCUAUUGACAAAUUACAUGAAAUUUCAAAUCGCGCAUCACAAGUCGCUACAAAUAAAGAUGAUAGUUAUGAUCAUUUCGGGAAAUAUAUCGCAUCAAUGUUAAGAAUUAUAGGACCACCAACAGCAAUACGAUUACAACAAAACUUCAUGAAUGAAAUUACAAAUGCUAUGUGCCCACCAGAAAAUGUUAUUACUGAUAAUUGA